CCUCAUUUCCACUUCAUAGUUCAUACGUACGGUUAUACACAAAAACAAACAACCCACCCACCCCAUUCUUUCUUUCUUUUUCUUUUUCUUGAAGAAGCUUUUGCAGAUCCCAAACAUGGGUGUACCAUCUUUUUACCGAUGGCUUGCUAACCGCUACCCUAAAACAGUGGUCAACGCGGUGGAGACCACGGAGGAACACGACGGAAGUUCACCCAACCCUAAUCGCAUUGAGUUUGAUAAUCUUUAUUUAGACAUGAAUGGUAUUAUUCAUCCAUGUUUUCAUCCAGAACAAGAUGAUCAGGUGAACAGUCCGGUAACGUACGAUGAAGUUUUUGAUAAUAUAUUUGAGUAUAUAGACAGAAUCUUGAAUAUUGUGAGACCAAGAAAGUUGUUGUAUAUGGCCAUUGAUGGAGUGGCUCCAAGAGCCAAAAUGAAUCAGCAAAGAAGUCGCAGGUUUCGUACGGCAAAAGACCGUCAAACCCUCGAAGAGGAGGAAGAUAGGUUGAGAAAACAGUUUGAAAUUGAAGGUAAAGAUGUAUUUCCGAAAGUGGAAUCGCGUGUUGCGGAUUCGAACGUAAUAACUCCUGGUACGGAGUUCAUGUACGAGUUAUCUAAGCAGCUUCAGAGUUAUAUUCGUUUGCGUAUUGCGAACCAUCCUGCAUGGCGAUCGCUACGGGUGAUUCUCUCUGAUGCAAGCUCUCCAGGAGAGGGAGAACACAAAAUCAUGUCGUUUAUACGGCGUCAACGCACUUGCGAAGGAUAUGAUCCGAAUACGAGACAUGUCUUGUAUGGUCUGGAUGCAGAUCUUAUAAUGCUAGCUCUAGCAACCCAUGAAAUUCAUUUUUCGAUUCUACGAGAGAAUGUUCUUGUUGAACCGACUGCUGCUACAUCAACGAGUAAAGCCAAGUUUGAUUCAAGCCGAGGAUUGGAUGACACGGCUGAACAAAUUAGCCGUCUUGACAUUUCAGAAGUUAGCAAGAAAAAGUCAUUAGUGAAGAAGCCAUACCAGUUUCUUCAUGUUUGGAUACUCAGAGAAUAUCUGAAGCUGGAUUUGAAAAUCACCGAAAUGCCAGAAAAAUUUGUGCCUGACGUUGAAAGAUUGAUCGAUGAUUUUAUAUUCAUCUGUUUUUUUGCUGGAAAUGAUUUUCUUCCUCAUAUGCCGACGUUAGAGAUUCACGAGGGUGCGGUUGACUUGUUGAUGCAUGUAUACACGGAGGAGUUCAAAAAUCUUGGAGGGUAUCUUGUUGAUGUUCAAAGGAUCAACGAAAGGAAAGGAGCUUACAUAAAGCUGAAAAGGGUUGAAAAGUUCAUCCUCGCAGUAGGAGCGUAUGAAGAUCGAAUCUUUAAGAAGAGAUCAGCGAUUUAUGAAAGCAGAUUGAGACGCAUACUUUCCGACAUCCAGGCUGAUGAAGGCCAUGAAGAAGAGGACUUGUUUCCUGUGAUGAGUUCUACUUCUAAUCAGAAAGACUUUAAUCACGACAUGCAGAUUUAUGAGAACACGAAAAUGUUGAAGGAACAAUUGAAGUCUUAUACUCGUGAGAAAUCGGAUGUAUUCAAGAAUGGUCUUGUUACAGACAUGGUGAAAUUUGGUUCUCCGGGAUGGAGAAAACGUUACUAUAAAUGCAAGUUUUCUGUUGAAACUGAUGAGGAUAUGGAGAAAAUAAGGAAGAACUUGGUUGAGAAGUACACACAAGGGUUGUGUUGGGUUCUUCUUUAUUACUUCUCGGAUGUUCCCUCAUGGACUUGGUAUUAUCCAUACCAUUAUGGGCCUUUCGCAUCCGACUUCAAAGGUCUCUCUAGCAAUAAGGUUAUAUUUACGAAAGGAUUGCCAUUUAAACCGUUCGAUCAGCUCAUGGCGGUGCUCCCCCCUACAAGUGCUCAUGCGCUUCCAGCGCAGUAUAGAUUACUGAUGACUGACGAAGAAUCAAGUAUUCUUGAUUACUAUCCAUCUGAUUUCGACACCGACACAGAUGGGAAAAGAUUUAUUUGGCAGGGUAUAUGCAAACUCCCUUUUAUUGAUGAGGAUCGCCUUCUUUCUGCAACAAAGAAGAUCGAGAAGGACCUAAGCGCGGAGGAAGCGAAAAGAAACAUGGAAAAUCUUGAUCAGUUAUUUGUACAUUCAUCAGAAAAUCUUGCUUCGCGAAUCCUCUCUUCUUUCAAUGACAUGGGCCUUAUCAAGCAGGGUGGUAACUCGAUCAAGAUUGAUUCUGACCCAAGCGGUAAUAUAAGUGGUUUUGUCCAACCUAAGCUGGAUUCGGUGAACGAUCUUGAUGUUUUAUGUGUGUAUUAUGAGUUACCAUGCUUUUCUCCGCAUAUUCCGCGCGUGCUCGCUGGGUCAACCUUCCCUGAAACGGAUGUGAGCGAGGCCGAUAUUGAAGAGAGGCAGCUAUGGCAUGAUAUGUAUGGUUACAAUAAUAGCCGAAACUACAGAUCUCACAACCGAAGUGAAGGAUCAGACGGAAACCCUAAUGCCGGUUUUAGGAACUCUUCUCCCAAUGUUGUGAACAUAGGUGCCGGAAGUGACUGGAAUCCUAGAGGCCGGGGUAGAGUUCACAACUCCCCUCAUAGUGGUUCAUAUAAUGGAAACCCUAAUACCGGUUUUAGGAAUUCUUCUCCCGAUGUUGUGAACAUAGGUGCCGGAAGUGGCUGGAAUCCUAGAGGCCGGGGUGAAGUUCACCGUUCCCCUCAUAGUGGUUCACAUAACGGAAAUCCUAAUACCGGUUUUAGGAAUUCUUGUCCCAAUGUUGUAAACAUAGGUGGCGGAAGUGGUUGGAAUCCUAGAGGACGGGGUGAAGUUCACCGCUCCCAUCAUGGUUCUGGUGGUUCAUAUCAUGAUGCAGCAAGGACCGUAGAUGAUCAACCUAGAGGCCAGUCUUGGUGUGCGAACACUUAUGGGAGAGGUACCGCACGAGGGAAUGUGAGUGGUUACUAUGGACGUGGUUAUCACACGAUGAAUAGAUGGGGUGGGUCGCAAUCGAGGCAUGACCGUGGGGAUGCCAACGUUGGUAGUUGGCGAAGAACGAACUGAGUUUUGAGGAGCUGCCAGGUUGGUAGUAACCUGUAUGGUUAGCGGAAAACUGUGCACUACUUUUGGGUCCUUAAUGUGUACAAUUUAUAGUGUGGGAGACUUUUUGUUAAUUGCCUCAUGGAAUGGCAUGUUUUGUAAUUAUUUUGUUGUGUUCAUUGGUUUUGAAAACACAAAAUGUAAUGAAAGAAGGAAGGAUGAAACG